CAGCAGGAAGUUUGACCAAUCAUCUCGUGAGGUGUGCGUGAUGCGAUCCAUCGCUGCUGUGUGAGCUAGGCAAUACUACGCUACGCUUGUCAAAAUUGUCACAUCACUCAUGUGAGCUUAAUACAGUUUGUAGAAGACUGUGAUUAUGGCUGAGGAAGGGGAGAUAGUGGAUAUCAAUACAGCUACAGUGAAGGAUCUUGAGACACUUUUUGGAGUUGGACGUGCCAAAGCUGAGGCUAUAUUUACCACAAGGAUGGUGAAAGGUCCCUUCAGUAGCUUGGAAGAGCUUCUCAAUGUACCAGGGAUCGGUCGCAAUGUAUUAGACCAAAACAAGGGGGUUCUUGUUUGUGAAGUUCCAGUGCAUCAGUUGGCUCAAGACGAGGUCGAAGACUCGCCUGACGAUUCCAGCCGGUCAAGUAGCCGUGGCUGCCUAAGUAGCACACCUCACAAAUCUCUGCGCUCACCUCCAGUCAGUGCUAGCUACACACCUCACAUGAGUUGCAAGUCUACUCCUCAGUCCCGACGUAGCUCCCGCCGUUCCUCUCAACUUCAGGAAGCUUUGUCUUCCGCCAUACCCACCAGCAGCAGCAGUGGCAGCAGCAGCAGUAAUGGAGGUAGUCCAGGACCUCAGGCAUCGCUCAAUUCAUCCAGUGUCCGUGGUGCAAGAUUGUCAGGAUCUUUGGGCAAAAAUACUUCACCCAAAUCCAGCACAUCAAUAUGUCCUCAAACGAACGUCCGGACCAGACAGAGAAUUGAUAGUGAUACUUCUGAAGAACCUAUUGACCCUAAAUCUGCUUUAGAAUUUCAUAAUUUAAAUGAUGAAGGUACCAUGGAAUGGGCCCAGCUUGGUGAUGCUUGCGAUAGCAGACUAGAAAACAACAGAUUAGGCUCUAUAGAACCGCCCUGUUACAGUAGCAUAAGUAGAAAUAGAAGAUCUAAUAAAUUGCUUCCUUGUGGAAGCUCUUGUAGUGAUUUCUUAAUUGGAGAUGAGUUAGGUGAAGCAGAACUUAAUAAAUUAAGAGUUAGGGAAAACAGCUCUGUUGAAGAUCAGGCUGAUAAGGCCGAUUUCCAUUUCAACGAAGAUAGCUCAAUGAUAGAUGCCAAUAUAAAUGAGAACAGCAUGCAUGAAACUCAUGAAGAGAUCGCCGCUGUCCUCCGCAAUUCCGGACCUUCCAUCGCUGGCCCUGGAUCUGUUGGGACUUCAGCAGCUGUUCUGGGCAGUGACACGCCUUAUGAAGAAUCAAUGGACCACCAUGGAGCUCGUAGCCUGUCUCCCAAUACUAUAGAUAUAGAGCGAAUACCGGCUGUGUCUGUUGCUAAUGUUAAUUCUGGACUCGAAGCACUUAAAAGUAGGGUCCGUACUCCUGACUUGUAUGACGUUAGUUCCUUGUCUGGUUCAUGCAGUAAUGGCAGCAGACAGCUCUUGAAUCUCAGUGCACGUAAGCACCACUUGAGACGCAGAGCAAGUGACAACAGCACUGGUGCUCCCGAGCAAGGAUGCAGUGAUGCAAGCGUCAGUAACGCAGGUGGCGAAACUUCUAGAGCCCAUAUUGCUUCUCCAGCGGGGAAACAACUGCAAGAUCAAUCGAGUCGAUCUGCCCGCGUCUCUGACUCUGCUUCUGAUUCGGCAAUGGAUCUAAGUAACUCGCCUAGCAUCGUGUGUCUGCCUGACGAUGAUUUAGAUCCAUCAGAUGAAGGCGAGGAAGCAGAAGAGGAGAGUGAGGAGGAUGUUGAUGAAGAGGAUGACGAAGAAGAUCUUAUGAUAGUGGAGUCUGUGUCUAAUUCGCCUCAUAAAAAUAAGAAGCAGGGUAAAAGAAAAUUUGACACCGGUGGUGAACUUCGAUUGCUUCUACCCGUCAAAAAGUCUUGCAAGUCAGAUAAUGCCAGUCUUAGUCUUGCCAACACAAGUAUAUCGAGCAUCUCAAGCAACAGCAGCGUCGCAUCAAGGCGUAAUGUACCGGCACCGCAAGGCCUGACGACGUGGUUGACGCAGUUCAACACUUGGAAUGCUGCAGAGAGGCUCUUCGCCCUAGACUCGCUCAUCGAUGCCUGUGAUCUAGGACAGGUGCGCCAUGUUCACCAAGUCAUUCUACCGAUGUUCCAACGUGACUUCAUCAGCCUCCUUCCCAAAGAAUUGGCUCUCUAUGUGCUAAGCUUCCUCUCUCCCAGAGACCUGCUGAAGGCCGCUCAAGCUUGCAAGUACUGGAAUAUGCUUACAGCUGACAAUUUACUAUGGCGGGAGAAAUGUAAAGAAGCUGGCAUUGAAAACUUCCUCGACCACAUGGAUAAGCGCAGAAGGAAGGGAACCAGUGUCAGCAGCGUGUCGCCUUAUAAAAGCAUCUUCAUGCGCCGGCACAAUAUCGAGUGCAACUGGCGCGUGAAUCCUUUACGACCUCCUCGUGUGUUGAAGGGUCAUGACGAUCACGUCAUUACCUGCCUACAGUUCUCUGGUAACACAAUCGUCUCAGGUUCAGACGACAACACGCUUAAAGUCUGGAACGCCACUACUAGCAAGUGCAUGCGUACGCUGACGGGCCACACUGGGGGCGUGUGGUCGAGUCAGAUGAGGGACAACAUCAUCGUGUCGGGUAGCACAGACCGCAUGCUGCGAGUCUGGGACGCUGAGACCGGCCAUUGCACCCAGACCCUCUAUGGCCACACAAGCACCGUUCGUUGUCUGCAUCUCCACAAUAACAUCGUUGUGAGCGGGUCCCGUGAUGCAACACUCCGUGUUUGGGACGUGACUACAGGCACGUGUAACCACGUUCUCGUGGGGCACGUGGCAGCUGUGCGUUGCGUUCAGUACAACGGUCGUCUUGUGGUCUCCGGUGCUUACGACUUUAUGGUCAAAGUCUGGAACCCUGAAACUGAAGAAUGCCUGCACACUUUACAGGGACACACCAACAGAGUUUACUCUUUGCAGUUUGACGGUGUUCACGUUGUGAGUGGAUCCCUGGACACCACAAUCCGCGUUUGGGACGUGGAGAGCGGCACAUGUCGCCACACUCUCAUGGGGCACCAGUCCCUUACUUCAGGAAUGGAACUCCACAACAACAUCCUCAUCUCCGGCAAUGCGGAUUCCACUGUUAAAGUUUGGGAUAUCGUCACCGGACAUUGCCUUCAGACCUUGUCUGGUUCUAACAAGCAUCGAAGUGCGGUUACUUGCCUACAGUUCAUCAACACUUUCGUUGUGACUUCAUCCGAUGAUGGAACAGUAAAGCUCUGGGACGUUAGCACCGGAGAGUUUGUUAGAAAUUUGGUGACGCUAGACACAGGCAAUUCCGGAGGAGUUGUAUGGCGGAUCAGGGCAUCAGAAACAAAACUGGUGUGUGCUGUAGGCUCCCGCAACGGCACCGAAGAAACCAAGCUCCUUGUUCUCGAUUUUGAUAUGGAAGAUUCAUGACGCCAGGGAGGAAGUGACAUGAUUUCUUCACCUCCCGGCCAGCACCUACACACCAUCGUCCUGCCACAGCUCAAAGACCUCGAACCUUUCGUGGAAGCUUCUUGAUGACAAUGAGCACUUCUGCUUAAACGGGUUUGAAAACCAACGAACUGUUCGAAAAUCAUCUUCCUACCGAUACUACUUCUGCCACUUAAUAGUACAUUUUUUCGCAUUAUGGAAUAACUUUUUUACCGUGAAAAAAAAUCGCCCACUUUUUCGAACAAAUGAAUUUCUCUUUUUUUUGGGACCUUUUUGCUUUGUUUUCAAUUUUCGUUCUUUAGUCAGUUAAUGACUAUACUUUUAUGAAUCAUUUCCCUUCAACUUAGUUAAUUCACUAGUAAUUAAAACGAGUUACACGGCGCACUUUGAUUGAACGAUCGGACAAUUUCCCUGCUCAUUUUCGCUCGUUAAACUUUUUUUUUACAAUAUAACUUCUGAUACAUUUUGUGAACGUCUGGACCAACCUGUUGGAGUCUUAAGCGUUCGUUGGUGACUUGGGCUUUAUUAUUAUAGUUUAAUGAUGUUAGACUGUACCUCGUUUUUAUAUGCUUGAUUGAUAUCAAUGAGCUCGUUGAUUGCAAGAUUGCAUUAUGAUAAUAGUUUGGAUUAAGUGCUAUAAGCGUUGCCUUCAUAGUUUCUGCUGUCGAGGAAGUACAGGAAUUGUCACUGCUUCUCAACAAGGUAAAGUUUGUGUUUACUGUAGCUUCGUGUUGUAUUGUGAAAGUACUUGACAACCAAAGAAAUGAGAUUUUGAUGUUCUUGCUGAACUCGAGUGAUGGACGUAGCAGUGAAAAUCUUUUCUAGCUUGAUAGCGUCAACAACUUCUACAGAAUAAUGCGCUAAACAUGCGAAUAUAAUCUCGUUGGAGAAGUACGGAAAGAAAAAAAGGUGUAGUGUUUUGUUCAUGUAGUUUUGUGCCGGUUAUCCCAAAGCAUCUAUCGCGAUCAAUUUCAAAAUCGCGCUACCUCUCGUGUCAGAAAAUCAUCCAAAGCAGCCAUAACGGGUGGCGUAUGCAAAAUCGUUCAUGUAAGCAUAUAUACUAGAGAGCUGUACAUUUGUAGUAAGCUCGUUUGUAUUGCUUAUCUUGAAGAUGUAUUGGCUUAUGGAUUAAUACUCCUGGACUGCCUAUAAAUAUGAAAAAAUAUAUUAUCUUAUUACUCGGCUCAUUUGUGUUUGUGGAGUACUUAUAGUUUAGCGUUGCGUGUAGAUUGCGUGGUCUCGUCUCUUAAUUUGAUUUAUGAAUGAGCUCUAGGAUUUUUAGUAAAGAUGUGUUUUGUUACUGUUCCAUAGUUACGGGCGUUUCGUAGUACAUGACUGAGCUUCCUGUCAGAAAAGGAUGUUAUAUUCUCGUGGCGGUUAAUAGUGCUGGUGUAUUGAAGCUCUCCUAAGUGCCAACGUUCAGUGCUCCGUCAUAUUGUUUUGUGAAUCGCGCCGCAGAUCCACAAGCAUUAAUGACGCUUUGCUUCAUACAACGUUAUUUUCUACUAAAUGUUCGUUUUUGUUCUGGCCUUGUUUGUUUUCUAUAAUGUUUUGAAUACCGUUCACAUCAUAAUGAAGAGACACCUGUAACUUAGUACUAAAUAUUUCGCAACGGAUGGUAUUUUCUGUGACAACAUUUUUAAUGCGUGAAUUAGCGGUUCAGUUGGCCUCUACACAAAGUACUUGUUGAGUGCACGUGUUAAUAUUCUAAUAAAGCUGAAUUGAUUUCUAACAAAAUGUCUUCCAGCUUUAUUUCCGUGAUUUCCUAAAUACUCAAGAAUAGUUUUGUCGCUACGAACGACGUGAUUUCAAGGUAUUAGUGGCUCACUCUACUGGCACUUGCAUAGAAACCUAACUCUCCCUUGUUUAAUUUAUUUUUCUGACACCAAGCUCGUCCUUAAGCUUAGUUUUAAAUUUUUAUUGAUGUCAUUAUAGUGUAGUCAAUGGGGAUUAGUUGCUAUGUACCAUUUUCUGAAAAUGGAUGGCUUUCCAACAUAGCUAUGUUUUUAGGUGAAUCUUUUCAGUCGUGAAUUUUUGUUGGAGAUCAUUAUGUGGUUAUAGUUUUUAUCUUAAAUUUAACUCGAAUAAAUGUGAAGAGUGAGGGCACGUGUUCAGUCUACAUCACUUCUACCGCCACUUCCGCAUUAUUUGUCAUGACCAAACUCCUGAUUAUACAUGUUCAUCAUUUA